UUGAUGACAGCUCGUCUAAGAGUUGUGAUAAGCAAACGUUUACAAUAAACUCGUAAAUUAUAAAUAAUUAUAAAAGCGAAGUGUUACAACUUUCAUAAAAUAAUACUUAUAAGUGAGUAGAAACUGUACAAGCGGAGUCUGUGAGUUGAAUUUUACAAAUAUGUCGAAUAUAACAGCAGCAGUAAUUGCGAACCGCAAUAAGAAACAUUUUCUUGGCGUACCGGCACCGCUGGGCUAUGUGGCUGGUGUGGGAAGAGGUGCCACCGGUUUUACAACACGUUCUGAUAUUGGUCCGGCGCGCGAUGCUAAUGAUGUCUCAGAUGACCGACAUGCACCACCGGCUGCAAAGCGUAAAAAGAAAGAAGAAGAGGAGGAGGAGGAUGAAGAUUUGAACGACUCCAAUUACGAUGAAUUUAGCGGCUAUAGUGGUUCGUUGUUCUCUAAAGAUCCAUACGACAAAGACGACGAAGAAGCUGAUCAAAUUUACGACUCAAUCGAUAAACGUAUGGACGAGAAACGUAAAGAAUAUAGAGACCGACGUAUGCGUGAAGAUUUGGAGCGUUAUCGUCAGGAAAGACCAAAAAUUCAACAACAGUUCUCUGAUCUUAAACGUUCAUUAGCUAAUGUCACCGCUGAAGAGUGGUCAACCAUACCCGAAGUGGGUGAUAGUCGUAAUCGCAAACAGCGUAAUCCACGCGCAGAAAAGUUUACGCCUCUUCCUGAUAGCGUGUUAUCACGUAAUCUCGGCGGUGAAGCGCAGUCGACAAUCGAUCCCUCAUCGGGCUUAGCAUCAAUGGUGCCUGGUGUGGCCACACCUGGUAUGCUUACGCCAACUGGUGAUUUAGAUUUGCGCAAGAUUGGUCAGGCACGUAAUACGCUAAUGAAUGUUAAGCUGUCCCAAGUAUCGGACUCUGUGACUGGACAAACUGUUGUCGAUCCCAAGGGUUACCUUACUGACUUGCAAAGUAUGAUACCCACAUACGGUGGCGACAUAAAUGACAUCAAGAAAGCACGUUUACUAUUGAAGAGUGUGCGCGAAACCAAUCCUAAUCAUCCACCCGCUUGGAUCGCAUCGGCACGUUUGGAGGAAGUCACUGGUAAGGUACAAAUGGCAAGAAAUCUUAUUAUGCGUGGCUGUGAAAUAAAUCCACAGUCAGAAGAUUUAUGGUUAGAAGCAGCACGUUUGCAACCACCAGACACCGCUAAGGCGGUGAUUGCACAAGCCGCACGUCACAUACCAACCUCGGUGCGCAUUUGGAUCAAAGCGGCUGAUUUGGAAACCGAAACGAAAGCAAAGAGGCGCGUCUUCCGCAAAGCACUCGAACACAUUCCCAACUCGGUACGUCUAUGGAAGGCCGCCGUUGAGUUGGAAAAUCCUGAUGAUGCGCGUAUACUUUUGUCGCGCGCUGUGGAAUGUUGCAACACAAGCGUGGAGUUAUGGCUGGCUUUGGCACGCCUUGAAACCUACGAAAAUGCGCGUAAAGUAUUGAAUAAGGCACGUGAAAAUAUACCGACCGACCGACAGAUUUGGACCACUGCCGCGAAACUUGAGGAAGCAAACGGUAAUAUACACAUGGUGGAGAAAAUCAUUGAUCGUUCCCUGCAAUCGCUUGCCGCUAAUGGCGUUGAGAUUAACCGCGAACAUUGGUUCCAGGAAGCCAUUGAGGCGGAAAAGUCUGGCGCUGUGCACUGCUGUCAGGCUAUUGUGAAAGCUGUUAUUGGUAUUGGAGUUGAAGAGGAAGAUCGCAAGCAAACAUGGAUUGACGAUGCUGAAUUUUGUGCUAAGGAGAAUGCAUUCGAGUGUGCUCGCGCUGUAUAUGCGCAUGCGCUACAAAUAUUUCCCUCAAAAAAGAGUAUAUGGUUACGUGCAGCUUACUUCGAGAAGAAUCAUGGCACACGCGAAUCUCUGGAAGCUUUGUUACAGCGCGCGGUUGCACAUUGUCCUAAAUCUGAGGUACUCUGGCUCAUGGGCGCCAAAUCCAAGUGGCUUGCUGGCGAUGUACCAGCGGCACGUGGGAUAUUGUCUCUGGCUUUUCAAGCCAAUCCAAAUUCCGAAGACAUUUGGUUGGCUGCUGUCAAAUUGGAGUCUGAGAAUGCAGAAUACGAACGUGCACGUCGCUUGUUAGCUAAGGCGCGUUCUUCGGCGCCCACUCCACGUGUUAUGAUGAAAUCUGCACGCUUAGAAUGGGCUUUAGAUAAUUUGGAGGACGCCUUGCGUUUGCUCGAUGAAGCCGUAAAGGUAUUCCCCGACUUCCCGAAACUGUGGAUGAUGAAAGGUCAAAUUGAAGAACAGCAGAAACGUUUGGAUGAAGCCGCAGAGACGUACAAUCAAGGCAUAAAAAAAUGUCCCACAUCCAUACCACUAUGGGUGCUAUCGGCUACACUGGAAGAACGUAAGGGCACGCUAACUAAGGCGCGUUCGAUAUUAGAGCGUGGGCGUCUACGUAAUCCCAAAACUGCUGCGCUUUGGUUAGAAGCAAUACGUAUUGAACUACGUGCCGGCCUCAAUGAGAUCGCAAGCACAAUGAUGGCUCGUGCUUUGCAGGAAUGUCCAAAUGCGGGCGAAUUGUGGGCGGAAGCAAUUUUCAUGGAAUCCAAGCCGCAGCGCAAAACAAAAUCGGUUGAUGCACUCAAAAAAUGCGAACACGAUCCACAUGUGCUAUUGGCGGUUUCAAAGUUAUUCUGGUCUGAACAUAAAUUUACCAAGUGCCGUGACUGGUUUAACCGUACGGUUAAAAUUGAUCCCGAUCUCGGGGAUGCUUGGGCGUAUUUCUACAAGUUUGAACUGCUACAUGGUACUGAAGAACAACAGAAGGAGGUUUUAGAGCGCUGCAUAGCCGCAGAACCGAAACACGGUGAGGCCUGGUGUCGUGUAAGCAAACACAUUAAAAAUUGGUGUUUCAAGACGCCAGAGGUGCUGAAUGGCGUUGUUAAACAAUUAAAUAUACCGGUGUAAAGUGCACUCACUAUUCAAUGAUAAAUAUGUUAGAGCUAGUACCACUACAACAUUAAUUAGGCGUUCGCAAUAUAAAUACAUUUUAUUCGAGAA